UUAUUAUAUGGCCAGGAACGACACACGAAACGUGCAAGUCUCUCUUGUCCUCUGUUUCUUGCUCGUUUUAGUUUGUGUUUGUGCUACCUUCUUCGCUCUUCACUUUUGUUGUCUAACAUGGCGUUGGUGAAUCCGUUUCUGUCUCCCCCUCGAACUCCCCUCUCUCUGCGAGUUUCAGCUCCGCCAAACCAAGCACUACUACGUUGGACUCUCUGCUCCCAAUAUUCAUUCAAACCAUCAUCACUAAGAUCGAAGCACGCCAUGUGUGGCGCCACUGCCGACAUCAAGGCUGCACCUUUAGCUGAUGGAGAAGCAGAUCACGCGGUUCUUGUGGGCCCCGCCAGCGAGGACGAGAGAAAAGGAGACUAUGACUGGACACAGGAAUGGUACCCUUUGUAUCUCACUCUGAAUGUGCCCGAAGAUGCACCUUUGGGUCUUAGAGUGUUUGAUAAACAGCUCGUCUUGUUCAAAGAUGGCAAUGGCCAGUUUCGCUGUUACGAAGAUCGCUGCCCCCACAGGUUAGCAAAAUUAUCCGAGGGGCAGUUGAUUGAUGGAAGGCUUGAGUGUUUGUACCAUGGAUGGCAAUUUGAAGGGGAGGGCAAAUGUGUGAAGAUACCCCAGCUUCCAGCUGAUGCCAAAAUCCCUCAGGCAGCUUGUGUUAAAACAUAUGAAGUGAGGGACUCUCAAGGUGUUAUUUGGGUGUGGAUGUCCCUCAAGACACCUCCAAAUGUUAGUAAACUACCUUGGUUUGAGAACUUCGCAAGGCCGGAGUUUCAAGAUAUUUCGACAAUUCAUGAACUCCCUUAUGAUCACUCUAUUCUUCUGGAGAACCUGAUGGAUCCUGCUCAUAUCCCAAUCUCACAUGACAGAACAGAUUGGACUGCAAAAAGGGAGGAUGCUCAGCCGCUGAGUUUUGAGGUGACCGAACGAACCCAUAGAGGGUUUGCAGGUUGGUGGGGCAGAGAGAAAGACGGAUCCAUGCCUAACUUCUUGCGGUUUGAGGCUCCUUGUGUUCUACAAAACAACAGGGAAAUUGUUGAUAAGAAUGGUGAAAUAAACUACUUCAGUGGUCUGUUCCUUUGCAGACCAACCGGGCAAGGGAAAUCCAUGCUAAUAGUGAGAUUUGGAGGAACAAAAAGAUCACCACUAGCAAAAGUGUUUCCUAAGUGGUACCUCCACCAGAAUGCAAGCAAGGUGUUUGAGCAAGACAUGGGAUUCUUGUCAUCACAAAAUGAAAUUCUUCUGAAAGAAAAGGUUUCAACAAAGGAACUAUACCUGAAUCUGAAAUCAUCAGACACAUGGGUUGCUGAAUACAGGAAGUGGAUGGACAAAGCGGGGCAUGGAAUGCCAUAUCAUUUUGGUCACAGCACUAUCUCUUUGCCUAAAGAGCCUGCUGUGGUUGAACAUGCUCCUGCGGGACUCGUCGCGGGACAAUCAGCUUCUUCACCUACCAAGGGGGGCAUUGGUACAAUGCAUGCCCCAAAUUUCGCCAACAGAUAUUUUAGGCAUGUGAUUCAUUGCAAAGGAUGUAGAACCGUUGUCAAAGCUUUCGAAGCUUGGAAAAAUGCCCUUUCAGCUGUGGCAGUUGCAUUAGUUGCUCUGGCAAUUCUGGUAUCUGGGAGACAAUGGAAAGCCCUUCUCUUGGCAUCUGCAGCUCUGUGCUCCGUUGGAGUCUAUGCUUGCUCAAUCGCCAUUGCGAUGAAUACAACAAAUUUUAUUAGGACACAUAGGAGAUUGUGAGUGACUAGUUGUAAAAAUAGUUGUUCAAAUGAAUACUAAACAGUUUGUCUUACGACUAAAUGAGUUAUUACAGAGUGGUUGUGUCUGGCAUAACACUUAUAAAGUUUUUGAGUAAUUUUGAUUUUGCAAAA